AGAUUUUUUUUUAAAAUUGAAACUUAAAAACAUAAACGUUAACUUUGAACGAAGAAACCUUUAAAUUUAAAUAUUUUGUUGUUUUUAUGAGGCCCUUUAGUUUUUGUUGUGUUACCCUUUGCCCUUUACAUUUGUAAAAGUCAGAUUGCCUAUCUACUUAACUUAUAAGUAAGUUUUCAUUUUAGCCAUCGUCGUAAUUGGACUAGAAAUGUAUUUUUCACUAUAUUUGCUUGCUACUUGCUGGGCUAUGAUUUGGGGGUGGGCCUAGCUAGGCUCAGCUAGGCCUAACACUAACGCCUAACAAUUUCAGUAGUCUUUAGUACAGUAGUACAGUAUAGUAUUUAGUAUAGAUAAUAGUUUAUUUUAAUUAUUUAGAUUUAUUUAGAUAUUUUUAAUAUUAUGAUUAGCUAAAUAAAUAUAAUAAUAGUAUAGUAUGUAGUAUUAGUAGGCCUACUAUUAUUAUUAGUUAGCCUAUAUUAAUAUUAUUAAAGUAUAGUAUAGUGAUUUAUAAUAAGCCUAAGUUCUAAGCCUAUACUUCUACAGCAUACUUGUAGGGCAUAGUCCUAAAUUAUAAAUAAUAGUUCCUAUAAUGUAUAAUAUAAAUUAUAAAUCAUAAAUAAUAUGACUAAUAGUAGUAAUAGUAAUAUUAAUAGUAAUAUAUAGUAAUAGUUAGUCUAGCAAUAAAUUUUAAUAUGAGUACUUUAUUUUCUGGCAUAAAGACAACUUUUUAACCCAUGAAGAAAAUCUUUUCAAAAGUCAGGGUCGUCUUAUAAUCUGGUACAGCAUGCUGAAACUUCAGGGAAAGGCGCCCUCUUGUUCCAGUUUGGUUUACAGCUUAAAAACAAACAGCAUGGGCAUGACAGCUCUCAUACAUGGGUUUAUUGUCUUUAGUCUUAUCCUUCCUUUCAGCUUUAGAGUGGAUGAGAACAGUUUAAUCAUAAUCCACUUGAAUUGUUUCAUAUUUACAUGUUUCAUGACAAACAGCCUUAUGUUUAUGAGUGACAGUUAUCCUGCUAAUUACCUGCAUGUCAUAAGCCAUAAGCAUUUGAUAAUUCUCAGUGAAUUCUCAAGGUGCUUAUCAGAUAUGUUGGAUCUAGUUUUAUUGUUAGUGUUCUUCAUCUUUGAAAAUAGCUUCUCACAAAUGUAGAUGCUACCAAAUAGUGAUGAAAUUUUCUUUGUGCACUUCGCAGCCAUAUUUAAUCCUAAUUUUACAAAUCUAUUUCUUUCACCUAACAUGGCCAUCUAUACUAGAUAUGUUCACAAUGGAUACAGAAAAUCCCUUUAACAUAUUUCUCACAACUUUGAAUGAACCUCUUGAUUUAAUUGUGUAUUUUAAUGUCUCUAAAAAGCUGUGUGAUGUAAAUAAAUUGUGAAACAAGAUAUGUUUAGGAUUUUAAUUGUUCUGUCUUUUUUUGUUAAAAGCUAAACAUACCUUUUUGCACUAUUUAUUUAAUGUCACUAAAAAAAGACACUUUUUCAGUAAUAUUAAAUUUUUCAUAUGUAUUCACAAUCUCCUAAAGGAUUGAUUUGAUUAUAGGCUUAAUUAAGGCAUUUGUCUUUGGAAAACUUUGUCUUACAGUACUUAGAUAGGCCUACAAACUUAGGUAGGCCUACACACGUUGCACUACAUUGUCUACAUGCACAUGCCAUUGAGUGGAAAAUAAUAUAAGAUGGGAUACAUUUUUUAAAAAAAAAUUUUUAAGUUUAAAAUCAUGUAGUUCAGAACAGGAAGCCAAAAUUGUUAAAUUUAGAUUUAUCUUUUGUUUAUUGUAAUGCACUUGCUGCUGAAGAAGGCAUCUAGCCGAAACAUCUGCUUAAAUGCCUUGUCUUUUAUUUUCAAGCAUAAACAUUUCUUGUUCCACUAUUUAUUUAAUUUGAAGUGAUUAAAAAAAUAUAAUAUAUUUAUGCUUUUAGUUUUUACCAAUGCACGUAGCUAAAAAUAAAAAUAAUUCUCUUUUAUUUUAUUUUUAAAACAGAAUGUUAAAUUAACUUCAAUAAUGAGAUGAAAAAUGGUCCAUGAAAUUGAAGAUUUCUACGGUGUGUACCUAUUAUAUUGCUUGAAUCCCAAGUAUAAAGGAAGAACCUAUAUUGGAUAUACAGUAAACCCCAACCGACGCAUUAAGCAGCACAAUACAGGUGCACAUGGAGGGGGUGCAUACAGAACAAGUGGAAAAGGACCAUGGUGAGUGCCCUUUCUUUGAUUAUUUUUUGUUUUUAAAAAAAUAAACAAUUCCACUGAAAGCCAUUACAUUUUGGUAGGGCUUAAAUGGGUGCAGUUUUUUUACACUGGAUCUGGGUAUUUGGAGAAAAUACCCAUUGGGUCCAAGUGUUACAAAAAAAGAGUUAACUUAUCACUUUCUAUAAUAUGCAAAAAAAUCUAGUGCCCUAUAUCGUAGUGAGAGCCUUUGUUAACUGAUUGUGUCAAGAAAUAACCCACUGAUGGAAACAGGCAUUCUCUGGGUCUCAGAAUAGAGAUGACGUUGUACCAAAACCAGUGGACAGAGGAGAUACUGUCAUUCAUUUUAUAACAAAGUAUUACAAAACAACACUUGCAAUAGCAAUAGCAGAGGAACACGAACAAUAACAACACCGGAUAAUAGUCACCUCUCCCAAAAAAAAAAUCAACCUAUUUACGGCAUUUCAGAUGUCAUGCAUGAAGCUUGCUGCUUGAGAGCCUUUUUUUUUUCACUCAGCAUUAUUAAACUAUUAAUAUAAAACAUGUGCAGUUGGGGUAGUUUUGAAUAGGAAGCAAGAGGCACCAGAAGUGAAAUAUAUAUAAAAAGAUACAGCUCAAAUUCAAGUUUUAAUUAUUUAUUUUUUCAAAUUCCUAAGCAAUUACUAUGCUUCAUAAUUUUUUAACUUGCACAAUUUUUCACAGGGAUAUGGUUUUGAUUAUCCAUGGAUUUCCAAAUGAUGUAUCAGGUUUAAGGGUAAGUAUUUGACAAAAUGAGCUAAUGAUAUGAGACAUUGAAAGUAACUAGCAUUUAGAUACAAAAAUCACAAUUAAUGACACUGUUAACAGCUAGAUAUUGUUCUUAAAAUUUUAGUUUGAGUGGGCAUGGCAGAAUCCUAACAAAUCAAGACGUCUCCGCGCCGUUCCAGGAAAGACCUCGAAAGAAUCAUUAUUCCACUAUAGAUGGCGGGUCGUUUGCAAUAUGCUGCGAAUCGCUCCAUGGAGUGGUUUAUCUUUAACAAUACGAUGGCUGAAACAAAAUUAUCAACUAAAUUUUCCUACUGGUUUGUAAAUAUAAAAAAUUGAUAAACUAAUAUUCUAUAUUUGGCAUGAGUACAUAAAUUGUUGAAUACCAAGUAGAAAAUUGAAGAUGUAGUGAGAGGUCAGUUUAAAGACAAAUGUUUUUUUUUUAAUGUCUACAUAAGCGUUUAAUAUUAUCAAAUAUUAAAUUUAGAUCAAUACAUUUGUCUUUUCAUUUCAAGGGUUAGAGCCACCUCUUCACAUCCCAGUUGUGUUUGGACCUGUUGUUAGCAAACAGAUAGGAAAACAAAAAAAAUCCAAAAGUCAAUCAUCCCAACUGCCUCCAUCUUGCCAACCAGCUGAUGACAAAGAUUUGCCUUUUAGCAAUAAUACUUUUUGUGCUGUGUGCUGUAUCAGAAUUCAGGUACGCUAAUAGAGAUUAAAUUAUAGUUCAUCAUUUUUUUCCCCUUUUAACAUUUUUCGACUAAUAUACUUUGAUUUUGUCAUUGCGUAUACGCUUACCCAGCACUAAUCAACCUUCCAAAAAUAAAUUGACAGAAGGAUGACAAAACUCUGAAUUGUUUACAUCCAAGCUGUGCAAUGGUAGCCCACAUAAUCUGUUUGGCGAAACAUUUCCUAGAUGAUCCUGCCAAGCUGCUACCAAUAGAAGGAAAAUGUCCCAGCUGUCAAGUGAACUUACUGUGGGGGGAGUUGGUACGUCAUAAAAAGGGAUGCCACCAAAACUUAUCAGAGUCUGAAUUUCAGGUACCAGUGCAACUUGCCUUGUCUUAAAUUGCAAUUUUGUCAGUAAACACUUCUUCUAAAUGAAUUUUUAUGUAAAUAAUUAGGCUUUAUAUACUAAUUGAAAAAUAUGAACAAAUAUUUCUGUUAUGCAGAUUCAACUUUUAAUUAAUAGGAAAAAGAGUAAAAACUUGAUAAAAAUUUUCAUCUCACAAACCAGUGGAUGAAAUAUUUUAGUUUAUUAAUUUUGUAUUUGAAUUACUUAAACUUAAGUUAAGUUCACUAUUGCAGAAAUGCUAUUUCUUAGCUUAAAUCCAUUUCUUUUACAAUAUGUAGGGAGUAGUUGAAGGAGAAAGUGAUAAUUUAUCAACAAUAUCAGAAAGUGAGGACAGCCAAAGCUGACAUUGACUACAGAAGUGCGAAAAAGCAACUAUUGAGAAAUGGGUAAGUCAUUGCUAGUCUUAAUCAUCUGCAUAAUAUCUUUUCAUUUGCGCAUUUGGGGAUAAUUUUCAUGAAAAAAAUUCAACAAAAAAUCAAUAGACAUACAUCAAUAGCUUUGGUUCUCAAUUGGGAUGUCCGAUUAUGUGCUAAAAUGAUCAGAUCUCCAUGUGUUCUGUGGUCUUCCGCUCUUUCUAAUAUUCUGUGAUUUCCAACAUAAGACUGUCUGGGUAAAGUUGAUAGUCUCCCAAAAAAGUGCAAUAUUUUAAGUGUUAUGUAUUAUGCUCAUAUAAAUAACACAAUAUAAAAUAAUUGCAUAGCAGGAAUUAAAUGGGCAAAAGUAAAAAAAAAAAUAUGCUGGGUUUAAAUUGUUCAUUUUUUUUGUUGGUGUAGUAUAUAAAUUAAAGAUGCGCCAAAAAUUAUAUGCUAUGCAGAAAAAUACCAUUCUUUUCUGUUGAAGAGUUUGCCAUUGAUUUUAAACUUUAAUUCUGCGACAUAUCAGUGGUUUCGGAUAUAUUUUCCGGACAUUACUUGUGCCAUAGUAAUGAGUGAAAAUGAAAACAUGAACACAUGGUUUUUUAAUCUUGUUGUAGCCGGGAAUUCAAAUCCUGGUCAUGUAUGUGCUGUACAAUAAGUUUGAUUUUUGGUUCGAGAGUUGCUGAAAUGUAAGCUUUUGAAACAUUGGCUCUCGAGUCUGCUUAAGUUUAAUCAUAAUUAUUUUGUUCUUUCUUCAGAGUAAGAUCUCCAUUGUAAUCUUAAAUUCCUACAAUCUCAUUGGGGGAAUUUAGGGUGUCCUGUGCAAAGAUGCUGAUAAGUGGUUAGUUAUUAGGAUUAAUUAGCACACAAAUAUUUGCUCCAUUGGAAAUGUCACAGUUUUAUAUUUGAUUACUAGAUUAUCAAUAAAAAUUUCUGUAAGCCAGAUUUUAUGUAUAGCUACAUUGACAUUAUUGAGAUUUUCAAAGACAUACAUGUUUAUUUCUAUUUCUAAUUUAAAGUAUCUGUUGUUUCUUCUUUUGUUUUGUCUUUUGAAGAAAGCAUCGGGCUGAAACUUCAAUUUUUCUUGUCUGGUCUUUUCUUUUCAUAAAAAUAUCUCAUUCCACUAUUUAUUUAAUAUGGAUCAGAAUGAAUCAUCUUUUCUUUUUUUUUUUUUUGUAACCUUAAAUAUUGUUAGUUUGCUAGACUUGCUCAUUUUAAUUUUUUUACGUCUUUAAACUAUGACUUAAAAUUUAAGGCUUAAUACUUCAAUUUUUCUUGUCUGGUCUUUUCUUUUCAUAAAAAUAUCUCAUUCCACUAUUUAUUUAAUAUGGAUCAGAAUGAAUCAUCUUUUCUUUUUUUUUUUUUUUUUAACCUUAAAUAUUGUUAGUUUGCUAGACUUGCUCAUUUGAAUAUUUGUACGUCUUUAAACUAUGACUGAAAAUUUAAGGCUUAAGCAUACACUUAUACAUUGGAACCUCUCAUUACGAGUUUAAUUUGUUCCAGACUCUUACUCGUUAAGCGAAACACACGUUAAACGAAACAAUUUUUCCCAUACAAAUCAAUGUAAAAUACGAUAAUGCUUUCCAUGCUGAAAAAAUACUAAGUUUUCAAAAAAUAUUAACAUUUAUUCAAAUAAAAUUACUUAUGAAUUGUUAAGGAGUGUAACAACUUGGAAUACAAUUUAGAUUUGAAACAAAAAACUUAAAUAAAAAUAUGAAUUUAUGACAAAUAAUUAAUCCUUUUUAACUAGAACAUUUGUUUUUGCCGACGCUUCAAAAUUUGAAGAAAAUGUGUCACAGCAUUAUCAUUGAAUAAAUUUGUAGCACGAAUAGCCACGCUCACACCUUGUUCUCGCUUUUCAAAGAUUUUACGUUUCAUUUCAACAUUUAUUUUUUCUCCUUUAUGAUUGUCUUCUUGUGGUUUUUUUUCGAAGACAUUUUAGCAUAGGUUAUUACACUUUGCACAUAAAAAAAUUAUGAAUACUGUCUCAAUACAAAAUUUGUAAAAACUGGUGAUCACACACAAAAACAAUACGCUAACAGACAGAGUGCUAAACACAGACUAAGGCAAUAGUUCUCAACCUUCCUAGUGCCGCAACCCUUUAAUACAGUUUCUCGUGUCUUGGCGACCCCCAGCAACCUACUUAUUUUCAUUGCUACUUCAUAGCUAAACGAAUAUGUGUUUUAGAUAGUCUAAGGCGACCCCUGGGAAAGGGCCGCGAUAUCCCCAAAGGGGUGACGACCCACAGAUUGAGAACCGCUGGACUAAUGCAUCAGCGCGGAAGCCCCGGCUCACAAAUGAAUGUCAGGAAAAGGGGACUUCCCCUUUCUGCGUAACUCCUUAUGCAAAAUAUCGCUAGUUAAAGGAGCAACUUCUUCACAUUUUUUUUUGCUCGUUAUGUGAAUAACUCGUUAUGAGAGGUGCUCGUUAUGAGAGGUUCCACUGUUUGAUUUUAAUAUAUUGAUAGCUAAAUUUUAAAUAUAAAUUUUUAUCAGAUUGUUUAAGAUUGAGAUAAAAUAGUGUUUAAUUUUUUAUGCAAUUCAAUUGAUACAUUUUGUUCACUUUCUUUUUCGAGUUUGCUGAACUUGGAUUUAUCUGGCUUAGAGAGAAUUAUUUUUGCAGAAAGUGGAUGCUGAUUUUAGCAUUUUUAUUUUUUUUAAAAAUGAUACAUAAUUCUUACCUCUAUUAAUUGAAACCAAUGUGAAUUUAUUUUACCACUCUGUCUUUUGCAUAUCUUUUAUUUCUCUGCCUAUCUACAGACACAAAUGUUGACAAAUUUUUAAGGAAGAUUACAGCUGAAUCCAUUUUGGCGUGCACAAGACUCCUAUGUCAAACAUGAAUGAUUAUCACUGUAGAUUUUUAAUGAACUUUAAACUAUAUUAAUUGUAAUUGUAAAGAUUUUUUAAUUGCAUUGAAUAUAAAAUAAUUUUUAAGUCAAGUUUGCAUUAUGAUUGAAUAUUGUAAUCACAAAAUCAAAGCUCUGAAUAUUAAAAAUAUACAAUGUUACUUGUUGUUAAUUUUUAAAUUGUACAAAAUUAUAUUUAAAAUACUGUUCCAAUGUUAACAUUGUACUGAAUUAGUCAUGUCAUGAUUUCAUAACCAUUGUUUAUUGUAAAAUAUAAGUGAGAUAUUUAUAAUAAGUUACUGUCAUAAUUUACAAUUAUGGCAUUCCAAAAUAUUUUGUUACAAGCAUUUCAUUGAUGAAAAGCAAGUUAAAGGCAAGAGAGAAUACAAAAUUUAAGGAUUAUAAACAGCAAAACUACCACUAACAAUAUUGUUUGUUUUAUUAAAAAAUACAUCUUAUAACAAUAAAGAAGCACCUAUUUAAAAUUAAGAAUCAUAUAAGCCAUUAUAUAAAAAAAUUAUCACAUAGAGGUGACCAUUUUACUAAAAAGCUCUCAAUAAUGCUCUCUUAUCAUAGCACUGUUAUCAGAUAGUCUCAGCUCAGUGUACUAGGCAAGAAAAGGUUAAUUACUAAUUAAUUGGUGAGUUGAACCUGUGACCUUUCGGUGGCCAAACUAUACAAGUUAACACCACUAAGUCUAUUCCUAAAAACGCUUGGCAACAGUUACUACCAGUACUACCAGUUACAAUUAUUAUCAGCUGGAAAAUUGCAAUCUCUCUUUUCAGAUACUUAAGAAUUAAUUAAGCCAAUUAAUAAU